UCGCGCAUAAUGUAGAUUUAGUAAUGAAAAGUGAAUUAAACAGGCUUUGGUUAACUGGAGAGAAUAUAAAUUUAGAUCCAAAUAUAAAUUAACUGCCUACGGGGGAAAAUGAUUAUUGAGUCUAACAAUUAACAGUUGCGAUUGUUACAACAAUUAGAUAUUUAGAUCUAUUAGAUAUCUAGAUUCUAAAUCUAGACUUUAGAGCUAGAAUCUAGAAUCUAGACUCUACUUCUUUUAAGUCAAAGUGUGAAGUGCAAUGUAAAAUGUAGAAACUAGAUUUCUUUAUAUCGUCUAGAUCUAGAUCUAACUAUAUUUGUAAUAUCCGAAUCAUUUUUACAUCUUGAAGAUAAACUUUAUUAUUUAUGCCAAAACUAUUAACUAGUCUAGUAUAUAUGGAGUACUUUUGUAAGCUGAAACUUAAGUAGAAAAACUAAAGAAGAGCUUUUUGUUGAAACAUAAAGUGCGAAUAUUAAAGGCAAAAUAUUAACUCUGACGCGAUAAUAAAAAGAAAAUCAAUGCAAACCAAAAAGAAAAUGCCAUCUCUAACGGACUCUAAAUCAGAAUCGUUACAUUUUUUACAUAAUUCGCAUCCAGUGUCCAGGGGUGUUUCUUACACUUUGAUCAAGUUCUGGGCACUCAUCACCAAGAAGUUUCUGUACCUGACAAGAAGCUACAACCUAUUGAUAUUCUACAUCGCCCUUCCUCUAUGUACGACUGUGUUCAUCCCUGCCUACACUUGCUUUCGUCUCAACACCGAGGAGAAGUUGGUCAGGGGACUGGAUCUACGCAUUUUGAAUGGGAGUACAGUGAUCUAUAAGACUUUAUUUGAAACAAAUUUCUCGUUGCGGUUUGAGCGAGUUUACAAAUUGAUUUUUGAAGAUAGGAUACGCCCUGUUCACAUAGAUGUUAAGAAAGUGAUGAAAAUUCCCAUGAGUCGAGACGUAUCUGUUAGGCAAGACACUCAUCACAGCGUAGACUUGAUCCUGGUUGGCUGUAAGCUGAUCACCAACAUGACAGGCAGAAAUGACUCCUGGAUCAUCGCAUUCUACAAUAGUCAAUUUGACUACGCGGAGAUUCUUUCGAUAAGUUGUCAUGGCUCUGAAAGCAAUCGCCCGAUUUACUUCUCAAUCCACGAGCAUAGCUUCUCACUGGGCACUGGAGCCUCUGCCCUACACUUUCGCGGAGGACGUGAAGAAAUCCUCCGCCUCUGCCCACCACCGCUGUAGAUGGAUUGUAUUUGUACUGAUAGUAGGUUUGAACGCUCUGACUGUGGUAGUCGCCAUGUUCAUCAUGACUGAGUACAAACAUGGUUUCCUACGUCUGCAACAUAUCAGUGGAAUGUCGCACCUGGACUACUUUUUGUCCAACUUUCUCUUUGACUUUGUGCUGCACACUGUGGAAGGAUUCCUCAUCUGUAUCAGCCUGGUUUGGAUAAGGAGGUAUCCUGCGCCCAUGAUAUAUGAUGCAAGUGGUUUUUUCGUGGUCAUUGUCUUGAGCGCACUGGCUUCACUCCCUUGUGUUUAUAGUAUACAAAUGUUGUUUCCAAGUUUUAAAACGUUUCUUUGUACCUACUUGCUUGGACGAUUUAGCCUAGAUCUAUUCUCCAUGGCGAUAGUGGGGGUAUUCCCAGCUGCCAUGUCCAUCCAAGACAUACGCCACAUCCUGCUCCGCGCCCUGUACCCGCCAUUCAAUGUGUUCAUAGAGCUGUACUCCAGCUGCACCAGGAGAAGCCGGCCCCUCCAACUGAUGUCAGAGCAGUUUUACAGCAAUAACUGCACGGGCGAAUGGAGCCUUCUAUUUCCAUUGCAGUAUGUCAUGUUUAUAACCCUUCAGUUUGCAACAUGGCUAUUGCUGGUGUGCAUAGCAAGCGCAGUGUCUACACUUAGAAAAAGUUCAUUUUGUCGAUCCUGUUUGAAAGCAUUGUAUCUAGUCAACCCAACCGCUUUUAAAGAAACAGAAGUUAUGAACGAGUUAAUCUUUAUUAAAGAUUUCCAAACAAUAAUCAAGACAGCUCCCCAUUUGUUGCCAAAUUGUAACAUUCGUAAUAACAUGGUCUACGGACUAAUUGAACCAACAGGCUACGUGAAGAUGGCGUUCAUGAGAAAGUUUAUUAAUUAUUAUGCGAAAUCUUUAUGUAGACACAGAACUGGUUACUGCCCCCAUGAUGUUGCCUUGCUAGACAAGCUGACCUGUUUUGAAACUCUGAAACUUUUCGGUCGACUCAGGGGACUGGGGACAGAUGAUUUGUACUCUCAGAUCAAAGCCUUUGUUGCUAUGCUUCAGUUCAAUUCCAUUUUGCACCGGAGAGUAUCACAGAUAAACGUGCAAGACAAGAAAAAGCUAUAUGUGGCUAUCGCUCUGAUCGGAAAUCCGGCCAUUCUAAUUCUGGAUGAGCCAGCCGAGCUAUUGGACUCGAUGACAACGAACCUGGUCUGGGGAAUGUUGAGAUACUUGAGCAGAGGACAUCGAUUUAUUCUCAUUGCCACCAAGCAUGCCAAAGGUUGUGAAAAUGUCUGCACAAAUCUCUCAAUCUUGUUCAGCAACCAGCUGGUUGUUCAAUCGGACACGGAAAACCUGGCGGUUAAAUACUUUCACGGCUACACAGCCAUCUUGAAGUUUAGCUUCAUUAACGGGCAGAGAUCAGAGCACCUGAAGAUGUGUUUCUUGGGAUUGUCGGACAUUUUCCAGGACGUGGAGAUCUACUCAGACGACAAGUGUACACACGUCUACUUUUCCUCUGACGACACAGAUGUCUCGAAGCUGUUUGCAUUUCUGGAGGACUCCAAAGUAUAUUAUUCGUUGUGGGACUACACGAUCACGCCGACGAGACUGGACGAAAUUAGCUAUUAUCUGGCGGUCAAGGCCACGGAACAAAUCAUUGAAAUUUUGCCGGACUUUUGAACUCUCAAACAUUGAUGCGG